AAAACCCCUGCAGGCAGGAUUUUUUGUUGUUCAUUCUAUUGUUCUUUUUACUUCUGAGGGAAGUGAGCACCACAGCAACACAUACCCAACAGGUUCUACUACAAAUGUGUUACAUUUUUAGGCUCCAGUAACAAUUAGAGGACACAAGCUUGGGCAUGUUUAGCAGUCUUUCUGCUACAGUGGUGUCAUUGAGGGUAUUCAGUUCCAACAACAGAUACCAGUGACCAGAUAAGGGGAUGAGGAAGUAUUUCAAUAAACUCUAGCCCACUUUGUGGUUCCGAUUGGCCCUUCCUGUUUGCAUGCGUUGGUGUAAUUGUCUGCCUCUGUGAAACCACACCCUUACCUGUGUGUUGGCUGCACCCAUUUUUCUUUGCGCACGCCGAGUGAGUGCAGUGGCAGGGAAUGGGGUUUCAGCAGUAGGAGACAAGGUGGAAAAUAGUCAGAAAGAAACCCGUUUAGUCCUUCCGCAUAUGUUUCUCAUUGAGAACGACUGAAAGGGAAACAUGAAAGACACAGGAGCAGAAGAAGGAGGAGGAGGCGACGGCAGAGACAAUAUUGGCCAAACUGAGAAGAGCCAGAGUUGGAUCCCCAAAAUCAUCAAGAAAAGAGUGUGCAGCACUUUUGUAGAAGAUUCCUUCAGUAAUGGUGCAUUGUGUCAGUGCGGGGCUGCGAGAGAUGACCAUGCCUCUGUGGCUCUUGGAGACUAUUUCAGCACAGCCAUCGUGAACCAGUGGAAAAGUGUGCAGCACUCCUCUGAACGACCGACAGAUGCCUUUGGAGAGGUGCAGUUUGCAGGGGCCAGCAAGAGGCACAGCCAUUUCCUGCGCCUGUCAUGGAGCACUGAGCCUUCUGUGGUGUACACCAUAUUGACAGCUCAUUGGGGUCUUCCUCUACCCAACCUGGUUGUUUCUGUUGUGGGCGGAGAGGGAAGGACACAGGUGAAGACCUGGGUACGGGAGGUCCUCAGACAGGGACUGGUGAAAGCGUCACAAAGCACAGGUGCAUGGAUCUUAACUACAGGUCUGCGUGAAGGUGUUGGCAGGUGUGUUGGACAGGCAGUGAGAGAUCAUGCAACUGCAGCUUCUUCAUUCUCGCUCAACAAGGUGGUAGCGUUGGGCAUUGCUCCGUGGGGCCUUGUGGAAAAACGAGAGCAGCUGGUCAACCCUCAGGGAAGCUUUCCAGCAAAGUACUAUGUCCAAAACAUUUCCCGGGACUCCUGCUCCCUGGAUAACAACUACCAGGCCUUCCUCCUCGUGGACGAUGGGAGUGUGGGCCGCAGAGGAGGAGAAACAGAUUUCAGAGCCAGACUGGAGGAAUACAUUUCCCAGCAGCGCACAGGCAUAUGGGGCUUUGAGCAUUUACCAGAACAAAGAUUUGAUUACAAUCUACCAAGGAGAGCACGAGAGUCCAAAUGACUUUGACACAGUCCUGCUUAAAACACUCGUGGGAGCAAGUAAGCAGCAAUCAUCAGUUGAUGCCAGCCCUUAUAGUGAUGAGCUGAAACUAGCAGUAACGUGGAACAGGGUUGACAUUGCCAAGAGUGAACUCUUCAUUGGAGACAUCCAGUGGAAGUACGAAGAUUUGGAGGACUCAAUGACAGAUGCGUUGAUCAAUGACAAGCCCCAGUUUGUUCGGCUUUUCACUGAGAAUGGCUUGAAUAUCCUGGAGUACCUAACUUAUGGCAGGCUGGAAACCCUCUAUCGCUCUGUGCCAGAUGGGACCUUGCUCUAUCAGCUACUACAACAGUGCCUAGCAGAGCGGCUGGCAAUAGUGGAGCGUCACUCACCAUCAGAAAAACAGAAUUCAUCCUCAAAAAUGGUGAAAGAUAAGAAUCAAAGUGGACCAGUGAAGGAGGUCACCCUUUUUGAGGUGUCAGGGGUCCUGGAGCUGUUAAUGGGUGAUGUCUGCCAGCCUUUAUACUAUAAAGCUUUGGGCUUAGAGUUCACUUCAUCCAAAAGGACGUCUCUGAGGGCAGGUGAGGCAGUCCUGAGUGCUCUCAGUGGCUGUAAUAUACUCAGAGACUUGUCCAAACUGGAGGAGGAGACUGAAACCAAACUCUCCAUGAAAGAACUGGCCCAGAAGUUUGAGAACCUGGCUCAUGAUAUUUUUAGCUCUUGUUAUCGGAGUGAUGAAAACCGUUCCUUCACCCUGCUAAUUAGGAAGUCUCCAAUCUGGGGUGACACCACCUGCCUUCAGAUGGGCGUGAGUGCCGAUGCCCGGCUUUUCUUCAGUAAUGAUGGCGUACAGUCUCUGCUGUCCCAGAUCUGGUGGGGUGAUAUGAAGAGGAACACAGAGGUCUGGAAGCUCCUGCUCGCUUUCUUCUGCCCCAUCCUCUGCUACACCAACCUCAUUUCCUUCAGGACACAAGACAAUCAGCUGGAGGAGGAGGAAAUUCCCAAUGAGGAUGCAGUGGCUCAGGACUCUGACAACCUUUAUGGGACCACCGUCUUCUCUUUCUCUGACAUCAAACAGCAUGAAGUUGACUCAGACGUUCACAAGAGUGAUGCCAUUAAAGGUGUACCUUACCAACCACCACAGCGUCCAUUCAUAGUGUCACGCUGGCGUCAGUUCUGGUUUGCACCGGUCACCUCCUUUUUGGGCAACGUCCUGAUGUACUUCCUGUUUCUCUUGCUUUUUGCCUACGUGCUGUUGGUGGAUUUUGAGCCCCCACCACCCUCAGGCCCAGGUGCUGCUGAGUGUGUGUUGUACUUCUGGGUAUUCACCAUCGUUUGUGAGGAGAUCCGACAGACCAUUUUUUUGGGGACGAUGACUUGGCGUCAAAGGUUCAGACUCUACAUUAAGGAUCUGUGGAAUAAAUGUGACCUCACUGCCAUCAGCCUGUUCAUUAUAGGACUAAUCUGCAGGAUGUUCCACUGGUCAUAUGAAUUUGGACGGGAUGUCCUGUGUUUGGACUACAUGGUCUUCACCCUUCGCCUCAUUCACAUUUUUGCCAUUCACAAGCAGCUGGGACCAAAAAUCAUCAUUGUAGGAAAGAUGAUGAAGGAUGUCUUCUUCUUCCUCUUCUUCCUGGGUGUGUGGCUCAUGGCUUAUGGAGUUGCCAAUCAGGCUCUGAUCUAUUCCUACGAUCCAAACCUGAAUCGCAUUUUUCGGAGAGUUUUCUACAGGCCAUACUUGCACAUCUUUGGACAGAUCCCUGUGGAAGAGAUGGAUGUGGGCAAGGACUGGGAUAUCAACUGUACACACAAUGUGACUUUGAUUGAGAGCGGUGAAGAGCCGUGUAGAACUCAUGAGAGUAACUGGCUGGUAGUGAUUCUGCUAGUCGUAUAUCUCCUGGUCACCAACAUCCUGCUCAUCAACCUGCUUAUUGCCAUGUUUAGCUACACUUUCUCUAAAGUGCAGGAACACAGUGACACCUACUGGAAGUUCCAGCGUUACAACCUGAUUGUCGAGUACCACUCCCGUCCUUCUUUGGCUCCGCCUUUCAUUAUCCUCUCACACAUCAACCUCUUUAUUAAGAGGGUCAUCCGCAAAGUGCCCUCUGUAAAGAUCCACCACUUUGUGUUAGACUUGGAAGCAAAGGCAGCGAACCGAUUAUCAACGUGGGAAACGAUUCAGAAGGAAGACUUCCUGACUGCUCGAAACAAGAUCCAGAAAAGCAGCGACUCAGAAAGGCUCAAACGGAUGUCUGCCAAGGUAGAUGGUGUGCUUAAACAUCUGAGUGAAAGCAGAGACUUCGAACACAGGCUACGGUCUCUGGAGAAUCAGAUGGAGUACUGCUCCAGUGCACUCAGCUGGGUUGUGGAUACUUUAUCACAAGGAAGCACAUUUAAACCUCCUCGACCUCCACCAUUACGAGAUGCAUUUGCCUCCUCUUCCAGCUCAGCUUAAUUUAAGGAUACCUUAAAUCAAAGAGGACACCUUCACUUUGCUCAAGUUCAGGAAAAAAAACAAUUGGAGAACACUCUCUCUUGAGAACUUCUAUCCAGCCCACCACCUUGAUUCUCACUGGACUUGGUUUCCCAAAGCAUAUAAACACUGCACUGAAAAGAGAAAACAUUUUAUCCAGCCAAUGCAAGACACUUUAUGUCUGUGCGUGUGUGCGUGCGUGCGACUUGAUACAAUUAAUGCUGUAAAACAUGUUUUAAAGACAUGCAAUGUUUUACAUUUUAUUUGAUAUGAUGUGAUAGCGUCUAUAACCAGUUACAGUAGGAACACAUUAAUACUUUUUCAGUUACAUUAAAAGUGCCCAAUAUUUGUAUGCAAAUGUACAUACAAAUGUAUUUGGAUGUCUGCAUUUUUAUUCUUUUCAAAUAACUUUCAUACAGUAUAACGAUUCAUUUUGAUGAUAAGUACAAAAUAAUAACUGUAGUUCAACAAUCUUCAAGGAUUGAUUUAUUUGCUUUUACAGUAUUCCAGCUAGAAUAAAUUGAUGCAUGAAAUAGGGUUGUAAUAAUUAAUUGUGUAAAGCGAAUAACAGUUAUAAAAAUUCUCCAAGCAUUUCUUUUGCUUUAAUGUUUUGUUUGGUCCGUAACUCUGUUGUCACCAUUUAAAUAGUUUAACUUAGAACCAGAGUCUUCCAUUGCCCACAUGUGUAUAGAUAAAAAGGUGGAGCUGUAUCCAAGACUGAGCUCAGAUUGUUGUCACAAAUUGCUUUAGUAACAUUCAUAAGCAUGAA